AUGCCUCUCUCUGUUGACCCCGAAUAUUAUGAAGCGGUGGCGCCCUUGCUCCCAGCCGUAGCGACGUUGCCGAAACCGGGGCUGCACGACGUUCAAACACAUCGGGAAAGGGGCGUCGCCGAACUCGGUCUCCUGAUGAGUCGUGUCGCGCUGGCAAAGGACGUGGAUCAGAGCGUGCACGAAGUCGAGGCCGCCGACGAGUUCAAGAUUCCGGUCUACAGGUUCGCCGCAAAGACGACCCGCUCAGCGCUAGGCCCGGCCAUUCUCCAUUGUCACGGCGGAGGGAUGAUUCUUGGGUCGGUCGCGGCCUUUGCACCCGCCCUGGCCUCGGUGGUCGAGAGGACUGGAGUGCCUGUCUUCAGCGUCGAAUAUCGCCUGGCGCCCGAACAUCAAGACACAACCCUUGUAGAUGAUUGUUAUGCUGCGCUGGUCUGGCUCACCCAGAAUGCGAAGCAGUUCAACAUCGAUCCAGCCAGGAUAGCGGUCAUGGGAGAGAGCGCCGGAGGUGGCAUCGCCGCCGGGGUGGCCCUGAUGGCGCGAGACCAGAACCUGCAACCCCCUCUCGCAAAGCAGAUCCUCGUCUAUCCCAUGCUGGACGACCGCAACAUGGUCGCCGACAAGGCGAUCGAGCCCUAUGCGCUCUGGACCAACGACGACAACGUCACCGGCUGGACGGCGUUGCUCGGGAGUCGAGCAGGGAAGGAGGACGCCGACGUGUCCCAGUACGCGGCCCCGGCGCGGGCGAAAAGCCUGGCUAGACUGCCGCCCACGUUCAUCGACGUCGGUGGGCUGGACAUCUUCCGCGAUGAGGACAUGACAUACGCCACCAGACUGGUCGCGGAGAACAUCGACGUCGAGUUCCACCUGUAUCCCGGGGUGCCGCACGCCUUUGAGUUUCUUGCGCCCGAGACGAGUGUGGCACAGCGGGCACACGCAAAUCGACUGGCGGCGAUGCAGAGCUUCUAG